UGAGAAGAGUAUUGUGAAUCAGUGCCUUAAAGCUGUGCUUAACUUAUUACAGUUAAACGAUAUAUAGGAAGGCUGAUGUAGACCGUAAACAAGGACACCUACACAUGACGUAUAGUUGCGGGUUCAUUAAGCGCAUCCUAGCUGAUGGCGUUUCUUUGUCCCAGUCGGGUAGGCAGGAAAACUAAAGUGAGAACACCAAAGAAGAAAGACAAGCCUUUUGUAGACCUUCCUGGGAGGAUAACCGGAAGUGACAGCAUCGACACCCUGCAGCGCGUGGGUCUUGAAAAAGACAGCGGUCUGUCACCGAAGUCAAAGGUCAGGGUCAUUACGGACUUCCAACCAUGUGUGGAUGAAGAGGUAGCCGUCAAACGUGGAGAUGAAGUGUAUCUGUUAUAUAAGGAGAACGACUGGGCAUACGUCAUCAAACGAAACGGCGAGGAGGGUUUUAUUCCGUAUUUGUACUGUACGAGGUUGUUUGGUCCAGAAUCAAUCUCCUCAGACAUUUCUAACCGGACAGCUGCACACUGUGACUUUAGUUACCAGGAAAGCGAUUCCUUUUCAACCGAUGAAUGGGCGUUGGUAUCUCCGAAACAGGAUUCUGAACCAAAACAAAACGACCCGACCACUCAAAGGGGAAUCAUCACUCGCGAAGAAAUGAUACGAAUAUUACAACCUCCGCCACCAGUUACAGAGGAAAAUAACAAACCAGAUGUAAGGCCGUUUCGGAAGACGUCCCACGGCCAGUUCAUUGCGCUGUUCGAUUUCUCUGCCCUCGACGAGAAUGACACAAACGUGGAGCGUGCAGAACUCGUAGAUGUCCUGAACAUUGAGGACCCAGAUUGGUCAUGGAUCCGCCGCUACGACGGCUGUGAAGGGUUCGUGCCAAAGUCUUACAUUUGCCCCGUGGAGCCCCUCAAGGCAAUAGAGAAGGCAGCAAAUGGAGGACACAGUCGCCAAAGCAGCACGACAGGUCGCAUGUCCGCGUCCUCCUCCACAUCCGGGCUUGGUCCAGCGCCAAAAAUCCACCAAAGGACAUCUAACAACAUGCGCACAGGCCAUCCGUACCGGUCACAACCUGUUCUAAAUGUGACGGCAAACGCAAAAUGGUCGUCAAAAAUUACAAAUGUAAACCUUUCAGAGACAUAUGUUAGCAGCGACGCAGUAAAUAGCAAUCGGGGAACGACUAGUUACCAGCAGGGAACACUGAGUAAUGUUAUGGCUAAUGCUGGAUAUUCCUUCAGUGAUUCUACGUCUACACUUCCACCUCCAACAACCCACGUGAUCUCCAUCAGUCCUCCAACGCGGUCAAUCAGUCAGCUCCUCACACAGAACGUACAGCGGGAGACUAGUCUGCCGUCCACAUUCAAACCACAGAGGAAACAAUCCGCAACCGACAGUGACUUUGACGAUCCCGCUUGUGCCUCAUCUUUGCCAGGAACGCCUAUAGCUAGAGCUGAAGCCAGUCACCAUUCCCAAACCGACGCAAUGAAAUACGAUCAACAAGUUAAAGUGAGCAAAAGAUUCGGUCCCGUGUCGCCUAGACCUGUUACUAACACGUACAUGUCAAACUCGCCAAACCAAUCAACGGACAAGAAAAUCACACAAAACUCACACCUGAAUGCGGCACCAAAACCAAUUGACAGUAAAAAGGACAGCAUAUAUGCAAAUGUGCCAUUCCUGCCGAAACAAGCAGAUGAGGACAGAGAGCGUUAUUUCGCAGUGGAUGACAAAGUUAAUGAAUGUGUUCUGUUGUACGACUAUACAGCGCGCUCACAAGACGACCUGACCGUCCGCCGAGGGGAUAGCGUGUAUGAUGACGGGCGGAGUCGGGGUAAUGCCCACUGGGUUUGGGUAUUUUCCCCCCGAACCAAGGCAUACGGCUACGUGCCUCGGCAAUACAUCAAGCAGGUCGUCCAGACUUCGUUAUAGAAAAGGCGACAGCAGUUAACGUUGUGCUGCGGGAGAACUGUCCACGUCCUUGAAAUGAGUUUGUGCAAUUUUAUAUGUGAUAGGGACAGAGGAAUAGUAAUUUAAUAACUAGAUUCUAGAGGCAGGCGAAAUGGUAGUAUACGAGUGUGAAUUGCCUCUCAAGCUCAUAUUUCCCGAACACUGAUGAUGAUGUCGAACACAAAAAGUCACACAUUCUCUGCUUAGUGGUUUGCAAUGAGAUCCAUGUGGUUAUCAGUAAGACCUAUUUUAAUAUAAGAUUUUGUACGUGUAACUAUUGGUCUUAGCGGUUAACAUAUCAACGCUUCUGAGAAAUAACAAUUCUGUUAUGUAAAUGUUGUUUAGCGGAACUGGACUGGGUGGAUCGCCGGUGACCAGGUUAGAGCGUACGUCUCGAGUUCGGAUGGAUGGGUUCGAUUCCCAGCGUGCCCCCUUUACAAUGGUGCCUGUAACCAACCCUUGUUUGAAGUACUUGGUGCUAGCUUCUCUGGGGUUAUCUGAACCUUGGUUGUAACUUGUUUUGUCUUCGAGGACAAAUACUUGAAAAUGGAGUAUUAGUGUAGAGGUACUGGUCGGACGCCGGCGACCAGGUACUCCAAUUAGUUAGACGAUCCAUCUACAGUUCGGAGGGUCCCGGGUUCGAAUCCAGGUUUGGCUGUGCACUUUUCCUGACGUAGUAAUUUACAGAACACGGCAUACUACAAGUGCCAUAUGAACUGAGCGGCGGUGAACAAAACAAGCAUAUCUUGGUUGGUAUCACAAAUCACAUGAUGUUCAGUUUCAUUCCGGCCCGCUUAAGCUACAUGUAUGCUACGCUCAAUGGUAACAACUAAGUGGUAUCUAGGGGCAAUAAAUCUCAAAAUGGGAGAAAACUGGGAAUGGAAACAUGGGAGAUAAUUCAAUUAGAGGUAACUCAAACAAUAGAGAUGUCUAUGAUUGUUGACGUUGAUGUGUGAUCAGAGGGCCUAUUUAUGUUAACGUUAAUGUGGUCGGAGGGCCUAUUUGUGUUAACGUUGAUGUGUGAUCAGAAGGUCUAUUUAUGUUAACGUUGAUGUGUGAUCAGAGGGCCUUUUAUGUUAACGUUGAUGUGGUCGGAGGGCCUUUUUGUGUUAACGUUGAUGUGUGGUCAGAGGGCCUAUUUAUGUUACCGUUGAUGUGGUCAGAGGGCCCAUUUGUGUUAACGUUGAUGUGGUCAGAGGGCCUAUUUAUGUUAACGUUGAUGUGGUCAGAGGGCCUAUUUAUGUUAACGUUGAUGUGUGAUCAGAGGGUCUAUUUAUGUUAACGUUGAUGUGUGAACAGAGGGCCUUUUAUGUUAACGUUGAUGAGUGAUCAGAGGGCCUUUUAUGUUAACGUUGAUGUGGUCAGAGGGCCUAUUUGUGUUAACGUUGAUGUGUGAUCAGAGGGCUUAUUUGUGUUAACGUUGA